AUGGGCCACGUGGCAAAAGACUAUUGGACCAAGAAAAAGCCUGUUGAAAGUAAUACUACUACUUCCAGUUCGAAGGAGAAUAGUGAAGAUGGUUGGGAUGCUGAAGCGGUAUUUGCUAAGGAGGAAGAAGAAUUUGCUCUCACGGAAAUAACACCAGAACGAAUUGACUACAAGAAUAACUGGAUCUUUGCAAUGGAGAUGAUCAACUUAAAGCUAUCAUUCGCUAGGAAUCUAAACCAACAAGGUUUGAGCCCCCUCCACAUUGCCGUCGAGAAAAGGCAUAAAGUGAUGAUGCUACUUCUCUUGGAAAUCGAUAGCAAUCUUGCUCACGUCAAAGGGAAGAAGGGAGAGACUCCUCUACACUACAUUAGUAAAUAUCCUGAAUGUUAUGACUCGAAAUCGUACUGCCUUGCACAUAGCAGUGGAAAACAAAAGAUUGGAUGUUCUCCAAGUCCUAAUCGAAACACUCAGGAAGAAGACUAUCACCACAAAGUGGUGAAUCAAAAGGACGAAGACGGAAAUACUGCACUGCACUUGGCCGCUAGCAAUAAUCAACUCCAGAUGCUUCAAUUACUAUUAAACUGCAAGGCUGAUAAGCAUGCCACCAAUCAAGAUGGUCUGACGGCAGUGAGAAUUGCACAACAACAUGAUAAUAGAGAAUGCAUUACUCUUCUGCAGGGUUGUUUUAUUCCGGUAAUUUCAAAAAUAAAAUGUAAGUCGGAGAAACAACUCCUUAAGUAUGCGAAGAAAGCAUCAUCGUUGAUUUUUCACGAUAUGGAUAAUAUAUCGAGCGACGACCGCAAUGCCUUGCUAGUAAUUUUAGCACUGCUUCUAACUGCAACAUACCAAGCCGCUCUUAGCCCACCUGGUGGCAUUUGGCAGGGUGACAAUACCUCAAAGUACAAAGGGUCAUACGAUCAAACGGUGCCCGGGACAUCAGUCUUAGAUGAUAUAUCUUUUUUUAUUUUCUAUUUUCCGACCUACGUUGUGUUCAUUGUGACUUUCUUCCUUACACUAACCCUGCUCAAACCUUUUCCCCAUGGGUUCAGGACAGCACUUCAAGUACUACUUGCUGUUUUCGCAGUAUGCUUCGACCUAUCAAUAAAGUACAUUGCACCCACCAGAUUAGCACAUCAUGUUAUGAUUAUAUUUCCGGUAACGGUCUUUAUUUCAACCGUGUUCAUGUUACGUACGUAUCCGAUGUCAAAACUUAGUGCCGGAAUUUUAGCGUUUUGGUUCUCCCCUGUAUAUUUAUUGUUCAUCAUUCAUGGUGGAGAUAUAGUUUUAGGAAAUAUAAUUCAGGGAUGUUGGUUAUUCUUGUUCCUAUAUGAUGAAUUCUGGGAAGGAACAAUUAUACUUGUAGUAUAUUCUUUAUCCACUACCAUGCCUGCAAUCGCAUGGCAUGGUAUUCCCAGGUUUACAAAUUGUAUACCAUUUGGAGGAUGCUGGCUGUUCCGUAGUCUAUGCAGAUUCUGCAUAAACUGGUUUCUGAUCCAUAGAGUGUGA